CUCAAUACCGCGUCUUCCCUUCCCUUCCCCUGUUUUUCUGUUCCCAAAGACUUGGCCUCUCUCUCUCUCUCUCUCUGCCUCCUUCCCCUUCUUCUCUGAGACAGACCGACCCGUUAAAACAAGGCAGACCAGACCAUCUGCAUUUGCUUGUGUAGUACCGCCUCUUCAAUCCAACACUCGGGCAAGCAAAGCCAGGCGCUCUGUUCUUUUCUUGGUGAUGGCCAGACCCAAGAAGAAGCUCUCCUACAUCUCUGUCCCCUCCCAGAUCAUCACCUCUCUUUCCUCCUCCUCCCUCCAGUCUCUCCUCAUCUCCCCCACCAAGUCCUCUUCCAAGCCUUUCUCCUCCUCCUUUCCCUUUCCUUCCCCUUCCUACAAAAGCCCCCGACUCUGGUUCUUAGCUCUCUUCCUCGUCGGCCUUCUUGGCAUGCUCAAGCUGGGCUUCGACCUCGAUCCUCUCACCCCUUUCUCUCCAUACCCCUGUCCCACCUCCGAUGGGUUCUCAAGAUCACGGCUUGGCAUCGCUACCACUGUCCGCGACCCCAACGCUCAGACCAACCAGAUUUUGAACAGCAUUGAGGAACAACGGCCCUCCAUCUCCACAAAAUCCAGCGAACAUAGUGAGUUCUGGAAGCAGCCGGACGGUCUGGGGUACCGCCCCUGCUUGGAGUUCAGUCGGGAGUACAGAAGAGCUAGCGAAGGAAUAGUGAAGAACCGAAGGAAGUAUCUGAUGGUGGUGGUCUCUGGGGGUAUGAAUCAGCAAAGGAAUCAGAUUGUGGAUGCUGUGGUCAUCGCUAGGAUUCUUGGAGCUUCUCUCGUCGUCCCAAUCCUGCAGGUCAACGUCAUCUGGGGAGACGAAAGUGAGUUCUCUGAUAUAUUUGAUUUGGAUCACUUUAAGAGGGUUCUCGCCGAUGACGUCCAUAUAGUUUCAUCGCUGCCAUCCACUCAUAUAAUGACACGGCCGGUGGAGGAGAAGCGUACUCCUCUUCAUGUCUCCCCCGAUUGGAUUCGUUCGCGGUACCUCAAAAGGCUCAACAGGGAGGGCGUUUUGCUCCUACGAGGUUUAGACUCUAGGCUAUCUAAGGAUCUUCCUUCAGAUCUCCAGAAGCUGCGAUGCAAGGUGGCCUUUAAUGCAUUGAAGUUUGCUUCGCCACUUCUGGAACUUGGUAGCAAGAUUGCAGAGAGGAUGAGCAGCAAAGGGCCUUACCUAGCUUUACAUCUAAGAAUGGAGAAGGAUGUGUGGGUGAGGACUGGUUGUCUUCCUGGUUUGAGCCAGGAGUAUGAUGAAAUAGUAAGCAAUGAGAGGAAGCGGCGGCCAGAGCUUCUCACUGGAAGAUCAAACAUGAGCUACCAUGACCGAAAGUUGGCUGGUCUCUGCCCAUUGAAUGAAUUGGAGGUCACCAGGCUGCUUAAAGCACUAGGAGCCCCAAAAAGUACACGGAUCUACUGGGCUGGAGGGCAACCACUGGGUGGUAAAGAAGCUCUGAGAUCAUUGAUUGAAGAAUUCCCUCAUUUAUACAACAAGGAAGAUCUUGCUUUACCUGGAGAACUAGAGCCAUUUGCCAAGAGAGCCUCUUCCAUGGCUGCCAUAGACUACAUAGUCUCUGAAAGGAGUGAUGUCUUCAUGCCGUCCCACGGUGGAAAUAUGGGGCACGCCAUCCAGGGACACAGGGCUUAUUUGGGGCACAAGAAGUAUAUAACGCCAAACAAAAGGCAGAUGCUUCCUUUCUUUAUGAACUCCUCUAUUCCUGAAGAAGAUUUUAACAGAAUCAUCAAAGAAUUGCAUCGGGAUUCAUUAGGGCACCCUGAACUCAGAACAAGCAAAAGUGGAAGAGAUGUUACUAAGUACCCUGUCCCUGAGUGUAUGUGCAACAGUUCAAGCAAGACUUGAUCGUCUACGUGACAAAUGAGAUUUUCCAAGAAGGUAGGUUUUGAUGCUCGAUCGAAUAUUCCAUAUAUUUGAGCAGAUUCAUGUGGGUUAGAGCCCCUGGAGAACCUGGAAGGGCAAUGAAGAUCCUUUGAACUUCCGGCAGAGACGUACAAUUUUGGUGGACCCGAGAUUCUUGCUACAGCAGUAACUAUGCAUAGACGAAUGAAUCUGCUUAUCCACGAGAUAUGAGAAAAGAUCUCUUUACGGCAUUAUUUUUUCAUUCUUUACUUGAGAAUAGGUAUUGUUGUUUUUAGAUCAUUCUUUGUAGCAUUCUAAUCAGCCUCAUGCGACAUCUCUAAAUGUAAAUGUAUAUAUGUAAUACUUUGUGGAGAACACGAUUAUAAUUAAGAAGUUGUUGUACCACGGUCGACAGAUUUACUUGA